AUGGCUGAGCAGCUCGUCCUUCGCGGUACCCUUGAGGGUCACAAUGGCUGGGUUACCUGCCUGGCUACCUCUCUGGAGAACCCCAACAUGCUGCUCUCUGGCAGUCGCGACAAGACCCUGAUCAUCUGGAACCUGACCCGCGACGAGCAGGCCUACGGUUACCCCAAGCGCAGCCUUGAGGGUCACUCUCACAUCGUCUCUGACUGUGUGAUCUCCUCCGACGGUGCCUACGCUCUGUCCUCCUCCUGGGACAAGUCCCUCCGCCUGUGGGAGCUCUCCACUGGUGAGACCACCCGGACCUUCGUCGGCCACACCAACGACGUCCUCUCCGUUUCUUUCUCCGCCGACAACCGCCAGAUUGUCUCCGCUUCCCGUGACCGCUCCAUCAAGCUCUGGAACACCCUUGGUGACUGCAAGUUCACCAUCACCGACAAGGGCCACACCGAGUGGGUUUCCUGCGUUCGCUUCAGCCCCAACCCCCAGAACCCCGUCAUCGUCUCCGCUGGUUGGGACAAGCUCGUCAAGGUUUGGGAGCUCGCUUCCUGCCGUCUCCAGACCGACCACAUCGGUCACACCGGCUACAUCAACGCCGUCACCAUCUCCCCCGAUGGAUCCCUCUGCGCCUCCGGUGGCAAGGACGGCACCACCAUGCUCUGGGACCUUAACGAGUCCAAGCACCUCUACUCCCUCCACGCCGGUGACGAGAUCCACGCCCUCGUCUUCUCCCCCAACCGUUACUGGCUCUGCGCUGCCACCUCCAGCAGCAUCACCAUCUUCGACCUCGAGAAGAAGAGCAAGGUUGACGAGCUCAAGCCCGAGUACAUCGAGAAGGGCAAGAAGAGCCGCGAGCCCGAGUGUGUCAGCUUGGCCUGGAGCGCUGACGGCCAGACUCUGUUCGCUGGUUACACCGACAACAAGAUCCGCGCUUGGGGUGUCAUGUCGAGGGCAUAG